CCUGCGCAGCACUUCUUCUGAUCGGUGCAAUAGUUUAGGAUCAGCAGCAGAUACUGACAGAGAAGCAGGGAAUUCAAAAACCCUAAAUCCCAAAUUUGGCGAAAACUACCAAUCAAAACCCUAAAUUUCUCCACAAUGACGAGCAAUUGGAAGAGGACACUGGGAAAUGUGAGGUCAUUCAUAGGCAAUUCGAUGGGAGGCCUAAGAGGAGGAAGCAACUUGGCCUCCUGGGUAGUCGCCGGAACCCUAGCUUACUUCCUCUGGGUCAAGCCCUCACAAGAACUCAAGCGAGAACAACAGGAAAGGGCUGCUUUGGCAGCUUUGGCAGAAGCUUCGAAUCCAAAUAGAUAUAUAGAGAAACGGAAACCCAUUCCUGAUCCACAGGAGACUGGACUGAUAUAUGGAAACAAGAAUAGAAAUAGAAAACCAGAUGAGUAACUUAACUUGUAAGUUGUAAGUCAUGAUAUUGUUGUUGGCUUAAGUUGCAGAAUUAUAAGUCUCAGUCUUGUAAGUGUAAUGUGUUUGUGGAAUGUGAACCUCAAAUUAUAUUGUAUAUUGUGCAAUAAACUGUAAACAACAACACUUUCUUUGAUAAGGGUAUUACAAGUUUAGUUUUGAAUACCCAUUUACUUACAGUUGUGCUGCAAAUAUGCCCUGACCAAAAAUGGAGACGCACUGGGUCCAAUCUAUAGUUGUUUCAACAUUAUGUCUGGAUAAUAAGAUUGAAUGAAUUAAUCGUGA